CAACAGGGAAAUUAAACCUGGCAACUCUACAUCCAACCUAAAUUCUAAAAUACCUACUAACAAUGUUUGUGUAAACUUGGUGUAAACUGUAAAUAUACAACAUUAAUAAAAUAUAAAUGUAGAAAGUAAUCCAAAAUUUAUAAAAAAUAAUUUUUGUCAUUUAGGUGGUCAUUUAGGUACAUCGUCUAGUCCAUUUGGUGCUCUUUUCGUUCUAAUAAAGUAGGUAACUAUGUCGCGCCAAGUCGACUCUUUUAUCUCUAAGCUUUUACAAGGUGCAGGCCUUGAAGGCGUUGAAAAUGAUUUCUGUGAUUUUACAAUAGCAGAUCAAAACUCGGUUGCCGAAUCUCAAGGAAUUACACCGACUACACCUUCAAACUUUAAACCUGUGCUAGGUGGUAAUGUAACAUACGUUGUCGCUUGCGUAAUUAUAAAUGAUCGAGACGAAUUACUUUUAAUGCAAGAAGCGAAAGAAAGUUGCGCUGGAAAAUGGUACCUUCCCGCAGGGAGAAUGGAGAAAGGAGAAACUAUCGUACAAGCUGCGGCCAGAGAAGUGCUUGAAGAAACUGGCCUACACUUCAAAGCUGAAACUUUAUUAGUCGUUGAAACAGCAGGAGGAACUUGGUUUAGAUUUGUUUUAACGGGAAAUGUUAUUGGAGGUGAACUUAAAACUCCAGCGAAAGCUGAUAAAGAAUCUCUACAAGCCAAAUGGAUUUUCAACUUACAAGAGAUAUCAUUGAGAGCAAAUGAUAUACUGCAUCUUAUUGAUAAAGCCAAAUUAUACAAGCAAAGUAAACCUGGAGUGACGUGGCAUAAACAUAUCCUUCCUGCGCCAAUCCCACAUGUAAAAGACUUGAUGAGGUUGAUAGUGUUAAUAAAAAAGAGAAGUACAAAUAGAUUGCAUGUACUGUUGAGUGAGAAAACAACACUACAUUUUCCUACAUGUGAGAUUAAUCCUGCUAAAAGUAUGCAUUCAACGUUAAGAAGGUUUAUGGUAGAAAUGUUUGGUGCCGAUGUUGCUCAACACAGACCCUUAGGUCUACUUAACAUAGAAGCAGACCCAUCAGCUGAUGGUUGUUGCCUUACCUUGCUUGUUGUGUUCAGACCUCCUUUAGAAGAAGUACCUUUGAUUGGUAAAUGUGCUUGGCAUGAGUUAUCUGAAGACAUUCACAAAGAUCUGUUGCCUGUAGUAUUGUCAAAAAAUUCUACAAUCGAGUUACACGUUGUGCGCUAAAAAUAUUGUCUAUUUUAUUUUAUAUUGCCAUUGGAAAGACUCAAUUAUUUAACCUUAAACUUAAGCUCUCUUGUUAUCUUUUUGAAAGAAUAACUUUAUAUUUUAAUCAUGUAAUCUCACUAGUAUUUUGUUGUAGUGUCUAACACUGUUGUUAAAGUUUGUAUACAUACUAACAUAAAAUGACAUUCCAAUGUUAUAUAAUGAAAAAGAAAUUUUGGUGAAGGUGAUUUUAUACUUUGUUAUAUUUUACAAUUAUAUUUACAUACUUUUUAUGACUUAAAUUAAAAAUCUCUUAAAACAAUAUAUUUUUCAGUAUUUGAAUCUCGGCAACUGAAUGAACAUCAGCAAAUAUUAAUAAUUUAAAACAUUUUGUGAUUACUUAUAAUAAUUACAACACAAUAUAUAAAGUAUUAUAUAAUUGACAUUUGUACCUUCAGUAACAUAUUAUUAAGGAAAUAGAUUUAUAAAUAAAUAAUCAACAUUCUUUAUUAUUCAGUAUUUUACAUGUUAACGUACUCAAACAUACAAUAAACUAGCAUAGUAUUAGAUAUGCGGAUAGGAUAUUGUUUAUGCCAAUCAUUACAAUUUGUAUAAAGCUGUAAACUAGAAAAGUAUAAGAAAACUUAUGAUCUGGAUUAAGGAUUAAUAAAAAACAUUCAAGAUU